GAGAGUUGCAUUGAUGCUCACCACAAUUUGAAAUUUGUUAAGCAAAGUGUUUUCUUUUUAAAUGGAUUUGACUGGAAAUAUAAUUAAUAAUUGGAGAAAUUUUCUUGGAUGCAUAAGUUUUAUCAUACAGUUUAUGCAUGGAAGUAACCUACAUUUAAAAACAAAUACAAAUAAAUUAUAUGUUUGUUAUACAAAAUGUGUAACUCUACCAAUUUGUUCAAGUCUUAUUAGGGGAAUGCCGAGUUUAUCAUAUUCGUGACGUUUUAUUUAUGACCUUUGAGCUUAUUUGAUCUAACAGUUUUCCUCAUUUACUUGUGAAUCUCAAAAAAAAUGGCCAAGAUUUCCGUUUUGAUCUCGUUAUUACUGUGUCUACUUUGCACCAAAACAGUUAUUUUGGUACAAGGGCAAUUAUCUAAUUGCUCCGAAUAUUUUACAUAUAUGACCAAACCUGAGACAAUGUCAGGACUUUUGGGACAGAUCGAAAUCCCAACUCCUCCAGAAAAUGAUGACUUUUAUUUAAAAGUGGCUUUAAAUGUUGCCAGUGAGUCGUCAAAAAAAUUUUUUCGAUUAGAAUUGGUACGACCGAUAAAAGAAUCUGUUCAAGCUGUUCAACAGGGCAAUUCUUUGUUUUAUUAUAUUUAUUUCCUUUCACAACCAGGCGAACCAAAUCCAACAUUAUCUGCAAUAUGGUUUAAUGAUCGACAAUACUGUCCUGAAUCAAGAGGAAAUAUCAGAGCUACUCUCGUAUUGGCACAUAUUGUGUACCUGUCGAACGAAGAGCCACUUUCUUGGCGUCGAAAUUCGAGCAACUAUCGCAAAAAUAAUCCGAGUCACGAGUAUCUGAACUACUUGAGCCACUCUAAACCUAUUACUGCCACUCCUUCUGAUGGUGACAAUGAAUGCGGUACUACCAAUUAUUAUACUGACGACACAAAUAUGUUGCUCUCCGACGGUGAGAAGGCUUUACCGGGCCAAUGGCCAUGGGUGGUAACAAUCUUCGUUGUAACAACAAGCUACGAGUUUCAGUGUGUUGGUUCCGUUCUGACAACCAGCCAUGUUAUAACAACGGCGUAUUGCUUAAAGUUGAAUUCUUCUGGGAACGAUACCAUAGACCCUAACAAUUUAUUUGUGGCCUUUGGAAAAUUAAAUUCACGCCAGUGGCGUGAGAGAGGAACCAUUACUCGGGAUGUUGCGAGCUACAAGAUUCAUCCCGACUAUGCACACACGGACAUAGCUGACUUUGAUCUGGCGAUUUUAACCCUCAGGAUACCCGUGACUUACAGCCCUUUCAUCAAGCCUAUUUGCCUCUGGUUUGGUCCUACCAAUCUUCAAAAUGUGAUUGAUAAGACAGGAUAUGUCGUAGGAUGGGGACAGAACUUUUCGGGUAACUUCGGCCAAUACACUGAGGAACCACGGAUGACGAGAGUACCGAUAGUGAGUCAGGAGGAUUGUCGAAGAAACGACCCAGGUUUUGUCCGUCUCAUUUCAAAUCGCACUUUUUGCGCUGGUUCGCGGUACGAGAGCAAUCUUUGCAACAUUGAUUACGGAAGCGGACUUAUGCUUUUCGACUCUAUCAGUGGACGUUAUCAGUUGCGCGGCAUGGCUUCGCGAACGGUAACUAACCUCGCCCGUAGGUGUCCUUUAGGGAAGUUUAUCGUCUACGUCGACGUGGCCAAAUAUAUACCUUGGAUUCGGCAGCAGAUCUCAACUAUUGUAAAAUGUGCUAAUACGUAAGGUUUAUUUGAUACGCGAUAUUUAAAUACGACAGACUAAAUGCAAUUACGGAUUUUACCUUUGCUUAACUUUAUUAUUAUAAUAUAUUUAUCUCAAAUAUUAAAGAUAAGAAAGGAUAUAUAAGCGAAAAGUCGCGCGUGAGAAACAAUUAUAAUUAUAAUUAUCUUAGAAUAUGUUUUUUAAAAUUAAAUAAUAUUACGUGAUAUAUGUAUAAUAUAAUACGCUUGUCAAUAUGUUUAAUCACUGUUCUACAAUGAAUACCUAUAUCUUUAACUAUUAUAUAAUUUACUAUUAUAUAAUUCUACUAUGUUUCAUUAUACAUUAUAAAAAAAUUAAUAUGACGUAUAUUAUAUAUUGUCAAUAUUGUUAUAAAUGUAAUAUUAAAAUCAAACUAUUCACUGUCUUUUAAUAAUUAAUACACUGAUUCGAUUUAGAAAAUAUUAACUACUAAUUUACCUGUCAUCGUAAUAUUUCGAUUAUUACAUAGCUCAACAUUAAACAUGCAAUGUGGAUAA